UUUUGUAGCUGAUCUGUGAGUUUUGGGUUUGAUUUUGUGUUGAUCUGGUGUUUUGUCGAGGAUCGGUUUAUUUAUUUUAUUUAUUUAUUUAUUUUUUAUACACGAUGCUUUUAGAUUUUUGUGUUGUGUUCAUUUCUUAUGUGUAUAUAUUGUGAUUUUUAGUAUAGUUGACCAUAGAUGUUCGGAUUCUGUAGCUAGAUUGUGUUUCAUUUUUGUUAUGUGAAUUUGUGAAUAAAUGAUUUUUAGCAGAUCUCUUCAGUUCUGUUUGGAAAACUUUGAAUUUUUUUUCUUUUUUUCCCUCAUAAGGGAGGUUUUUUCUUUUCAAAAUUAUUUCUGCGUUUUGGUGAAUUUGAUGGGUAAUCUUAUUUGUUCCUAUGCCUUUUAGUGGUGGAAGUUAUACAUAUAUGUCAUUACUUCCUUCUAAUAUUGAAUUGCUUUGUGUAUUACAUGUUAUAGCGUGGCUAAAGGGUGUUUUUAUUUUUUAUAAUUUAGUUUAAUUUUUUAUAAUUUCGCUUCUUUUGUUGAAAUUUUGUGUGAGCUUCUCUUUCUUGGUAAAAUGCACUGAACCCUUUUUCUACAAAAAGGGGGAAAAAAAAAAGGAGAAGACCGAGGACAAAGAAAAGAAAGAAAACGAAGAAAAAGAAUAUUGUUGUCUGUGCAAGAUCACAUAGAAAAUGGUGAAGGCUGUUGCCGUUCUUAACAGUAAUGAGGGUGUUUGUGGAACUAUCUAACUCGCUGAAGAAGGAGAUGGUUCAACUACAGUGACUGGGAGUCUUUCUGGCCUUAAGCCUGGACUUCAUGGCUUCCAUGUGCAUGCCCUUGGGGACACAACAAAUGGUUGCAUGUCAACUGGACCUCAUUUCAAUCCUGCUGGAAAAGAGCAUGGUGCUCCUGAAGACGAGAAUCGUCAUGCUGGUGAUUUAGGAAAUGUCAUUGUUGGUGAGGAUGGUACUGUUAAUUUCAAAAUUGUUGACAAGCAGAUUCCUCUCACUGGAUCAAACUCCAUUGUUGAAAGGGCUUUUUAUUCAACUUUCGGGCUAAGAAAUGUCUUCGAAUAAGAAAACUGUUUCAUCUUCCGAGGCCGGCAAUGCUUGUGAGAAAGCGACGGACAAACUGGAUGUGAAGGAAUUCCGGGACCGGUUCUGUAUCCCCAAUGGCGUGAUUGUGGAACUGCUAAAUGAUGAGGAGGUGCCUGUGCCGGCCGAAAAAAAUACCAUCAUCUUCUCAAAGGAGCAAUUCAACGCGGGGCUUCGGUUCCCUCUACCGGCGUUGUUCAAGGAAUUCCUCCAUUUCACCCAGAUUCCACCCGCCUUUAUUCAUCCCAACAUCGUCCGGGUGCUAAUGGGAUGCAGCAUCAUAAACAUGUUGUACAACCUCGACCUGACGCUACUGGAGGUGUUUUUUGUCUAUUCACUGAAGAAGGCAAAAACUGAUAUCUUCAGCAUGUCCGCUCACCUGCCCUUCCUUCAAUUGGUGACGGAGCUGCCAGAUUCGAUAAAGGGAGGGGCGAAGGGACACGUAGCGGUCCGGGGUGUAUGGGCGGGGUCACCAGGACGUCCGGGGAGGCCCUUCUCUCCAAACUACUCCUUAGUGAUUCCGGGUCAGGAAAGGAGGGGCCAUAUCGUGGACUGGGUGGAAAAGGUGUCUUUUGCCUGUCUCAAUAAGUUGUUUGAGAUAGAUGCCACGGAGAGGUGCUACAAGACGCUGCUUACUGCGCGGAACCUGAUGGUGGUCGUCCGGGAGUCCCAAGAGUAUGUUGUCAACAUUCUCCCCAGGAAAAUGCCAAAGGAGGUAGUGCCUGGGGAGCAUUAUACUGUGAAGGAUCUCCCAAUUUACUAGGAGUUUAAAGAGGCGGACGCUGAAAAACGCCGAGCGCUCCUGGAUAAUCGGGAGAAGAAGAAGAACGAAGGAACCCUUCAUAAGGCUCCCGGACAGAAACGCGGCGCAGCCUCUCCUCCAAAUAAAGCUCCAACGAAAAAGAGGAAGCUGGUGAAGAAUGGGAAGGGGGUGAAGGAGCCCACCCCUCCCAAGGAUUUUGCCCCUCCGCCAAUUACUCAUGAGGCGGAGGUAAUAAUAGAGGAGCCAGUGAACCCUGCUCCUCAUUCUAUCUCAAGCGGAUCAGGACACGUCGCGGGGCUGAACCACUCGAGUACUUCCUUGGCAGCGGUUGCCCGUCUGGAUAAUUUGGCUGAGGAAGCUGCGUCCAUCAACCAUCCGGACUCCCCUAAUCCGGAUGUCGAUGCAGCUGAAGCCGUUUGUGCAACCCCGAUGGAGGAAGCAGCGGCAGAAAGUCAGAGUCAGCCCUCUGACGAUCCGGACCGUCUGGCUCUUGUUUUGGUGAAGGGGCCACCUUCAAAGAGGCCUCGUUCGGCGCGCAAUCUGAGGUCCGGACUCAUCGGGCGGCUUCAAGAUCGUCAGCAAGAGAUCGAAGUUAGUUGCUCAUCCGCCCACGACGCUCAUCCGGAGGGGGGUGAAGUAGAGAUGGCAACUGAGACUCCAGCCGUCCCGGUGAUGGUCCCGAAUGAGGUUGCACCCAGGGAGACCCAUCCAGCCGUAAAUGUUGAGGCCCCGAAUCCGAAACAAGAGUCGCCUUCUGUCGCCUCAUCAGGUGGGGAUCUUGUUAAUGACGCGGCUUGCACCUCCGCUAGCCCUUUUAGCUACGCGGAGUUGGAAGAUAAGCUGAAACAGAUUCCACCCGGCUCGACUGCUAUCGUACCUUCAGCCAAGAUGUUCGAGAUGGUGGAAACGCUGGUGAGUGGUCUCCGCGGCAUGGCCCAACAACACGAUCUUUUCACUGACCUGUUGCGGACCACUAAUUAUAUGAAGACCUUUGCCUUUCGGCGCAAAGAUAGUGAAAACCAGUUGCGCCUGAGACUGGAGGAGGUUGAAGCCAGCUUAUCCACCGUUCAAGAGGACAACGAAGCCCUCAGGGCGGAUUUGGCUGAGGCUAAGAGCCGGGAGGAAUCAACAUUCACCCGUCUGUGUGAGGCAGAGGAUGAGGUGGCCCGGCUGAGGGGGAAGGUGAGGCAACUCCGGACAGAGGCUUCAAUUGAAAAGAAGCAGAAAGAAGAUUUGCAGCUGCGCUUAACAGCGCAAAAAGAAGAGCUAGAGCGGGAGUUUGCUGCAGAGAGGGAGGAGCUUGAAGCGGACUAUCAAAAGCAAGUGGAUGAUACCUUCAUCUUUGGCUAUCGCUGCUGUAUGAAGAAGAAUGGCAUAAAGCGAGACGUCCCUUCAAUUCCUCCGGGUGAAGAGAAGAAACUUCAUGACAAGCCCACUCCGUGAUAGCUUUUCUUUUUGCAAUUUCUUCUGUAAUCUUCUUUCUGUAUUUUUUGUGGUCCGGAGACCUCUUUGUACAUACAUUGACAUAUAUCAAUAAAACAAUUCUUUUUCCCAUUUGUACUUGUCUUGCUUUUUCAUUGAUAGUACUGUUUUAAAUUGGAAACAUUCCAUGGUCUAAGUAAUGGAGUUCCGUCUAACUUUUGUAAAUGAUAGGCUCCACUUUCACUUGCUUUAGACACUAUAUAGGGUCCUUCCUAGUUAGCUUGGAACUUGCCUGCGCCCAUUUCAGCAGUGUUUUCAAAAACUUUUCUAAGGACUAGCGUACCAUUUUUGAAGCUCCUGGGCCUUACUUUACGAUUGUAAUGGGCGGAUGCUCUUUGUUGAUAGUCUGCCAUCCGGAUGGCUGCGCUUUCCCUCACUUCAUCUGCCCAAUCCAAGUUUCUUCCCAAUUCUGUGUUUGCAUCAUUCUGCUUUGCCGCGUCAGUCCGGAUAGUAGGAAGACCUAUUUCAGUAGGAAUGACUGCAUCCAUUCCAUAUGCGAGGGCGAAAGGAGUGUUUCCUGUUGGGCGUCCGGGUGUGGUUCGAUAGGCCCAUAGGACGCCGGGUAACUCUUCCACCCACUUCCCUUUGGCUUGUUCAAGCCUUUUCUUUAAGGCAGUGAUUAGGGUUUUGUUUGUGGCUUCUGCCUGCCCAUUACUUUGGGGAUAUCGCGGUGUGGAGUAUGAAUUCCGGAUGUUCAGCUCUGAACAGAAAUUCCUGAAUGCGAUGCUGUCAAAUUGAGGACCAUUGUCAGCUAUGAUAGUUUGUGGAAUUCCAAAACGGCAGAUGAUGUUUUUCCAUACAAACUUGGUGACAUCCUUGUCUUUGAUGCUAGCGUAUGCUUCAGCUUCCACCCACUUACUGAAAUAAUCUGUGGCAACGAACAAAAAUUUCUUUUGGGCAGGUGCAGCUAGGAGGGGUCCCACUAUGUCCAUGCCUCAUUGCGCGAAGGGCCAUGGGCCUGAGACUGAUUUCAACGUUGCUGAUGGCAUAUGCGGAAUGGGGGCAUACCUUUGACAUUUAUCACAUCUUUUGACAUAUGCUGCCACGUCUUUCUUCAUUGUUGGCCAAUAGUAUCCUUGCGAAUGAGCUCUAUGUGCCAGAGAUCGUCCUCCCGAAUGAUUCCCACAUAUUCCCUCAUGCAACUCAGCUAACACAUACUGGGCCUCUGAAUGCCCUAGGCAUCGAAGGUAAGGUCCUGUGAAGGAUCGCUUGUACAGGUGCCCCCCAAUCAGGGUGAAACGGGCAGCUUGUACCCGGACUUUGUGUGCCUGUUUGAGAUUUCCGGGUAGAGUUCCUGUCCGGAUAUAUUCUGCGAUGUCAUACGUCCAUUCUUGGCCGUCCGCUUGGGGUGCCUCAAUGGUAUUGCAGGUGGAGAUUUCUGCGACAGAGGGGUUGGGUUGCAUAUGUAUAGGCAAUAGAAUGGCUUCUUUGAUAGGGAGGGAGGCAGCUAUGCCGGCCAAGGCGUCAGCGCGCCUAUUGUCGGCUCGCUUGAUUUUUUCGAUUGUCCAUUCGGUGAAUUGCUGCAAGGUGUUUCUUACUUUAGCUAAGUAUCGCGCCAUGCGUGCGUUCUUAGCCUCAUAUUCCUUCUGGACGUGUUUUACCACGAGUUGUGAGUCGCUGUAGAUCCGGAGUUUGGAGACGGAUAGAGCAAGGGCAAGGUCCAAUCCGGACAAGAUGGCCUCAUAUUCUGCUUCAUUGUUAGAGGCAAAGAAUCCCAGCCUGAUGGCUUGCUCCAAAUGUUCCCUAGUUGGGGACUGUAGUAGGAGCCCAACUCUAGAGCCUGAUGAGCGUGAGGCUCCGUCAACUCGUAGAGUCCACCAUUCUUGUUUACUUGAUUCGUGGUGUUGGCUGGGUUUUCGGGAAUAUUCUAGCACGAAGUCAACCAUUACUUGGCCUUUCAUAGACAAUCUGGGUUAGAAUUCGAUUCCAAACUCGCUCAAUUCAAUGGCCCAUUAUAGCAUUCUUCCGAUUAAAUCUGGCUUGUGCAGAAUGUUACGAAGGGGCUGGUCAGUUAGUACGAUCACUGGAUGAGCUUGGAAAUAAGGGCGGAGCUUCUAGGCAGUGCUUCGAAGGGCUAAGGCUGUUAGCUCCAUUUUUGAAUAUCUGGUUUCUACGUCUGCCAAUGUCCUGCUGACGUAGUAGAUAGGUUUUUGCUCCUUUGGUGAGGGGCAGCGGAAUAGAAUGGCGUUGAUUGCCCAUUCUGAUACCGCUAGAUACAUGUAUAAUUUUUCCUUUGGGAUGAGGCUGCUCAAGAUGGGUGGUUGCAUAAGACAAUGCUUAAUCUUUUCAAAAGCAUUUUGGCAACUGUCCGUCCAUUCGUGUGCUCCAGCUUUUCGUAUUGCCAAGAAGAAGGGUCGUAAUUCAUCAAUGAAGCGGGCUAUGAAGCGCCCUAGUGCGACAAGUUUGCCUGUGAGGCGUUGCAACUCCUUUUUGUUCUUGGGUGGUGGUGUUUCUAUAACUGCCUUGACUUGAUCCGGACUGACCUCUAUGCCCCUUUGGCUGACCAUAAACCCCAGGAAUUUGCCAACGCUUAUGCCGAAGGCGCAUUUAGAAGGAUUCAGCUUCAUACCAUACUUUCGUAAGAUGUGAAAAACUUCUUGUAAGUGAAGGACAUGUUGCUCUCGGGUUUUGCUUUUGACCACGAUAUCAUCAAUAUAUACCUCUAUCGUGUGGCCUAUGAGAGGUUUGAAGAUUUUUGUCAUCAGUCUUUGGUAAGUGGCGCCAGCAUUUUUGAGUCCGAAUGGCAUGACUUUGUAGCAAUAGAGGUCGUGUGGCGUUAUGAAUGCUGUCUUUUCUUCGUCAUCCGGGGACAUGGGAAUCUGGUGAUAUCCUGAGAAGGCAUCCAAGAAAGAGAGCAUCCCUUGCCCGGAAGUGGAGUCCACAAUUUGAUCUAUUCGCGGCAAGGGAAAACUAUCUUUUGGACAUGCAUUGUUGAGAUUGGUGUAAUCUACACAAACUCGUCAUUUUCCUUCUUUUUUGGGUACUACCACUACGUUUGCCAACCAAUCCGGAUAAGAUACUUCUCUGAUGAAUCCGGCUUCUAGCAAUUUGUCAAUCUCAUUCCGGAUAACUUCUUGUCUAUCCGGGUGGAAACGUCUAAUCUUCUACCGGACGGGUCUGGCAGCUGGAAAGACGUUAAGCUUGUGAGAGGAAAUAGAGGGAUGAAUUCCCUUCAUAUCGGAAUGUGUCCAUGCGAAGAUGUCAUGAUUCUGUCUGAGAAUAUUUUGCAUGCUCUGAGUUUCUUCGGUCGUCAUGAGGGAACUGAUGUUCGUGAGGUGAGUGUUUUCCUCCGAAAUUUGGAUCGUUUGUAAGGGAUCCGCUGUCGGGGGAUCUUUGUCCUCCGGACCUAAUAAUUGUUAUUGGUCAUGUGUAUGGCUGAGUUAAGGGGGAGAUGCAUCCUCCUGGUUGGCCCCUGCUUCUCGUGCUAUCUGAUAGCAUUGGCGAGCGGCCAACUGGCUACCAUAUAAGUCAAUUUGCCCAUCGUUGGUUAGGAAACUCACCAUUUGAUGAUAUGUAGAGGGGAUGGCUUUCAUGUAGUGUAGCCAUGUGCGCCCCAAGAUGAUAUUGAAGGGUGAUAAAUCUUGUACCACUGAGAAUUGUACGUUGAGAGUAACUGGGCCUGCUUGGACCGGCAGUACAAUGUCUCCUAAGGAUGUAGUUGAUGAGCCGUUGAAUCCGGACAGGAUUCGUCAGGGGUUUUCAAGGCCUGUGAGACAGUGUCCCAUGUGGCUAACGACCGAUGCUUGCACAAGAUCGGCGGAGCUGCCCGGGUCAAUCAAGAUGCGUCUCACAUCGAAGUCCCCUAUCUCUAGGGACAAGAUGAGGGCGUCUCGAUGUGGCUGUAGUGUCCGGGUGGGGUCAACUGGUGGGAAAAUGAUUGUCCCAUCUAUGGGGCGAGGACCCCCUCCAGUUAGCCCGGGCCGGAUGGAAUUGAUGCGUUCGCGUGUUGAUGCGGCACGCAACAACUUCUGUCUUUUUCGCCUAGAGUCGUACUCUUCGUCAGAUGGGCCUCCAUUAAUAUAGCUUAUAACGGCCUUGGGUGCAGUUGGGGCUCUGGGGGCUCCAGAGUUGAGAUUUUGGGGAACGUCUCUUUCCCCAGCACCUGAGCAGAGGUAUUGCUUUAAAUGUCCCGCCUUAAUGAGCUUUUCGACCAAAAAAUGGAGGCACCUGCAUGUCUCUGUUGUGUGACCAUGAUCUUUGUAGAAGGCACAUAUCUUGUUAUGAUCCCUUGUGGAUGGGUCUGUUCCUUGGGGUCUUGGUCACCUGAAGUCAGACAAGCCUUGGAUCAUAGGGAGAAGUUUUUCAUAUGAUAUGGAAAGAGGUGUGAGAGGCGCCUCUCCGGGCGACUUGGCCCUUCCUGCCUUCGGUCAGAUGGCCUCGGUCGGUCCGAAGGUUUAGUAUUUCUUUCCGCGUCACCUCUAGAUGGCCGUCUGGCAACCAAGACUUGCUGAGUGGCUGCACGUACGUCAUCUUCGAGCAUUGAAUAUUUAUUGGCACGUCUGAACAAGUCGUCCAUCGUUGUAGGAGGUUUUUUGGCUAGUGAUUCGAAAAUGGAGUGCCUGGACAGAUGUUUCGCUUGAAGAUCUGUAGGACAGCAUCCAUGCUGCAAGCCUCUACCUGAAGUACGGCUUGGCCAAACUGUUUCACAAAUUCCCUCAAGGAUUCGUUGUCUUGCAUUUUUAUGUUCUGCAGGGUGCUAAUAUUUUGCUUGUGUCGAGCGGAGCACAAGUAUUGUCCGACGAAAGCUUCGGACAGGUCCCUGAAAUUGCCAACAGAGUUGGGAGGUAGGCGAUGAAACCAUGAGAAGGCCUGUCCUUGUAGGCUGGCGGGAAAUACUUUGCAUAGUAGUGCAUCAUUGCCAAUAUCGAGCGUCAUGAGCUGUCGAUAAUGCAUGAUGUGAUCGAAGGGAUCGUUGGUUCCAUCGUAUGUGGAAAAUUUUGGUACGAGGAAUCCCCUUGGGGGCUCGUAGUGAAUGAUAUGAGAGCAGAAAGGCGUGGAGAGCAUGUCAUCCAGCCUUUUGCUGAUGGAGCCGAUGGGUGGCUCGUUUGGGAGGUUUCUCCCAGUCGGUUGUUCCGCUAGGUGCGAGUGAACGUUUCGCAUCGCGGGGGUGACCAUGGGGUCACGAUGCGGGUGCACAUUCUGCACCAUGGGGGCGACCAUAGGGUCAGGGCGUGGUGCCUAGGUUGUGGCUACUGGUGGCCUUGAUCGCCCAGGCUUUUGUGGGCCUAGUCUUGCGCGCAUCGAAUUUGACAACUGAGAUUUUUUAUCACGUUGUCUUUUCGCUGAAAAGUGAGUAGAGUCUGAGCUUUCCUCACGUGGGGCUCGAGGCAUAGGUGUGCGCGGCUCAUGAGGCCUCACGUUGCAUGCUCCUGGGAUAGCUCCUGCUGAUCCAGGAUAUAUUGAUUCUGGUUCUGUCCUUGAGUUUGCUACUUGGCCUCUUGAACGCUGACGACGAGGAGGCCCUGAUGUCGAAGCCUGGAUGCGUAGUACAGCGUUUUCUUCUUUUAAUCUCUCUGUCUCCUGGAGGAGAGCUUUGAGUUGUCGCUCGCUUGCCAACUGUCUCCUUUCGAUGGUUUUACGCCAUUCACGAUCAUCAUCCCCUCCCCUAUCGGCUGAAUGGCUUCGGGAAGGUGUGGCCAUCUUUGCAAGUGACUGAAUCAAAUGAAAAUAAAAAUUCCCACAGACGGCGCCAAUGUUGAUGCCUCGCAUUCCUGACGAUCCACGUAGUUGCCAAAUGGAUGGAUGCGCGACCUCAACCAAAAUAGGUUCUUGAUUCAAUCGUUAUACCUGCAAAAAGGGCAUCCGGACAGGGUGUCCAGACGCACCCUCCAAUGGUUUUGUUAGCCAUGGUUAGGGAGAGGGAUAAAUCAGUUAGCCUUUUACUAGGUAUCAGGAGAUUACCUUCCUCUUCGUGUGAAGGUUUAUAUAUAGUGCCAGGGGUACUGUUCCUCUCAUUAAUGGUGAGGAGAUAUUUUGUGUUGUUAUGAUGACAUGAGGUGGCAGUAUGGUCAUCGCCACCCUACGGGCGGCUGUCAGAAACCGUGGUAGGUGAAGCGGCUGUCAGAGAUCGUGGGAAGUGAUCAUGUAGAAUGAUCGUGGGAAGUGAUUUGUUGUCACCCCAACUCGUCCUUUCACUCUGCAGGUGAUGGGACGUGGGCCAUGGCUGGUUGUUGUGAUAGCGUGUAAGACUCGCUUACUUCAGUCAAUGAUCCGGACCAUUGUAUCCGGAUGGCAUAUGUUGAUCAUCCGGAUGUAUUGUGUAAGCCAUCCGGAUGAUACGUUUAUAAGUGUCGUUUGGUCUUCUUGAUCAUCCGGAUGUAUUGUGUAAGCCCUCCGGAUGAUAUGUCUAUAAGUGUCGUUUGGUCUUCCUUGAGGUAGUCCGGAAAAGUGUGCCAUGUGCGCUUUAUAGGGAGAUCCGGAUGAGGGUGACUCGGGUGACAAUGCGUGCCAUGUGUCACUGUAAGAUGUGUGCCACGUGUCUCGGAGGGAGGGGUCCCUACAAUUCUGACUCACUUUUGGGCUUCUGCUAUGAUCUCCAGAAGCCACAUAUGCUAGCUGCUGGAGCAUUAUUAAGUUUUUCAGGCCCUGGUAUCGAGGUUGAUUGGUUCCUUGAUAUAUGCUUGCCAUUCACCAGUACCAUUUGGUUAGAAGAGAAUACUUGGCUUGUUUAGUCUGUUUUUAUUGUUUGGAAAAAAAAACUCCGAAUAUGGCCCAAGUGGGAAUGGCUUGACUUUGUUAGAAUAUGGACGUAUGUGUUCCUAUUUUUCUUAUUUUUAUUCUUAUUUUACCUUUUAGCAUAUCUUUGCUUUCUGAGCAUGCAAUAACAGUUUAUUUUCUAUAUUUUUUUUAGGGGGACAUGAGCUCAGCAAAAGCACGGGAAAUGCUGGUGGCAGAGUAGCCUGUGGAGUUAUCGGAUUGCAAGCCUAAAAAACUAGCUCUACCGACACUCAUGGUAAACACAUGUAGUUGAAGACAUUUGUUUUGUCAUGCAUGAGAGAUCCCUAGACAAGACUCAAAAACUUGAAAGAAUAAAGGGAAGAAGGUUGUCCUUUAUGGUGUGAUGUAUGAUGUUAUGAUCUUAAAUCUUUUGUGUUAUUUCCCAGUUAUAUCUAAAACUUCCUCUGGUUUUGCAUGUC